AUGUCCGAGUAUUUAUCAUGGGCCAAUCUUGACCUUGCUAUAUUAUCAAAAGAAGACGUUCCAGGUCUAGAGAACCUUGCCAUUAUAAGUCCGUCUACGGGAUCCAAUCAAAGCUUACAGCUUGCAGCACAGUGGCUUGAAGUUUGCAAUGACAGCCACUCAACCUGCCAAUGUGAAAUUUCAUCAGAAGGAGCCGAAAUUUUGCCCACCCGUCUUAUUGAUAUCGGAACAGAAGACUCGGUGAUUACACCACGACUUUAUGCCAAAGACGGCAACGAAGGAAUGUUUCGCGACAGAGACCCACUAAAGAUUCAGCAAGACUGGUGCAACCUCAUGGGGCCUGAAACUAGCCAAAUUUAUUGCGUGAUUAACCGGGCGUUCUGGAGUAAUGAAGUGAACUUCAGUGCUCUGCCUUCUAGAGCGUGGGUCUGCCAAGAGCGCUUUCUAUCAAAAAGAAACCUUCACUUUGCGCACCAGCAGUUAAUCUGGGAGUGUCGACAAAAGGGGGCCUCGGAGACAUUCCCCAAGGGUUUCCCGAAAGAUUGCUUUCAAUCGGACUUGAAAAGUGAACUGCUGAAGGCUUCACACAGCAAUAAUAGUGAUCACUCAAGUAACUUUCGGCAACCUAGAGCUGUCUGGUGGAGACUCGUUCAAUCAUAUUCCAAUGGCGACUUGACAUAUCAAACAGACAAGCUUGUUGCAAUCGGGGGACUGGCGGCUGCUGUACAUCAAAGUAUCGGAGGGAAAUACUUGGCAGGACUAUGGGAGAAUCAUUUACCUUAUGGACUUGUCUGGAGAAGAAUCGGAAAACCCGAGGUUUCUGCUUUUGUACUAUCUACAGCCUCAACCGGGCCACAGACUUUCAUUGCUCCCAGCUGGUCUUGGGCGUCGUUGAAUUCCGAAGUAUCUAUGUUUCCAACGAACAGUGAGAAUCGCGAUGAUUUAUGUCGAAUAUCCGAAUCACAUGUCGAUCUAGCAAGCGGUGAUCCAUAUGGACAGGUACGCGGUGGAUAUAUCAAAGUCACGGGGAAGCUUGCCCGUGCUGAAUACAACGACACAUGUAUUUUUGUUCAGACCAGUAAUGAAGUUGCACCUGUAUUGCUUGAGUUUAACAAUUUUCUUUGGGACUAUACAGAUAUGACGGCGCUUAACCAGGUUGACUUCAUAUAUCUCAUGCCUGUCCACGAAACCUUCUCAAAUGACGGGCCCAGACGACAAGUUGACGGCCUUGUAAUAUAUCAGACUGGUAGAAGUGAUGGGGAGUUCAGACGCUCUGGGGCCUUUACCUUGCUGGAUGCCUUUUCAUGUAGAGAGCUUGAGUCCGGAUGCAAAGCAUUUCGCAACUUUUUCGAGGGAAACAAGACAUCCGGAAUUGAGCAGGAUGGUGACGGGAAUUUCACUAUCACGAUUAUAUAA